AAAUUAGCGCUGUGAAGUGUGUGUGUCCCAGUUUAUAGCUAAAUUCCCGUGAUGCAUCACGCCUCCAUUUUUCAUGUGACCACAGACUGCCAAUAAAAUCGCGUUUGAGAUGUUCCGAUUUAGCUAUUGGCUGAACUCGGAUGAAAAGAUUUAAAGUUUUGUUUGAAAUACUACACAGUCCGCAUGAUAGAGCGCCAGCAAUCAAAUUGUUUUUGUCAAAAAUAGCAAGCUAUCUACAAGAUAAUUGUUGAAGAGUAAUUCGAGAGGAAAGAUUUGUUGACGUUUGCAGGAUUUGGAGUGUUCUGCAAACAUGGCUUCGAACAACUUGUUCAAUGUUGCCAAAAAGGAUGAGAAGGGGAGAAAUAUUCAAGUCGUUGUGAGAUGCAGACCGUUCAACAACGCGGAACGCAAGUCUGCCUCCCAUGGAGUCAUCGAUACGGUCGAAAACAGAAAAGAGAUCAAUGUGCGAACGGGAGGGAUUGGCGACAAGGCAGCUAGGAAGAUGUACACCUUUGAUAUGGUGUUUGGUCCAGCUGCAAAGCAAAUCGACGUGUAUAAGAGUGUUGUCUGUCCCAUUCUGGAUGAAGUGAUAAGUGGAUACAACUGUACAGUUUUUGCAUAUGGCCAAACGGGAACAGGAAAGACCUUCACAAUGGAAGGAGAAAGAUCUCCAAAUGAAGAAUUUACAUGGGAAGAGGACCCUCUUGCUGGUAUCAUUCCCCGGACACUUCAUCAGAUAUUUGAGAAACUGUCUGACAAUGGGACCGAGUUUUCUGUCAAGGUUUCCUUGCUGGAGAUCUACAAUGAAGAGUUGUUUGACCUGCUGAGUCCGUGUCCCGAUGUCACUGAACGCCUUCAGUUGUUUGAUGAUCCACGUAAUAAGAGGGGUGUUAUCAUCAAGGGCCUGGAGGAAAUCACGGUACACAACAAAAAUGAGGUUUACCAGAUUCUGGAGCGUGGAUCCGCCAAGAGAAAAACUGCCUCCACUCUCAUGAAUGCCUACUCCAGCCGCUCUCACUCGGUGUUCUCCGUCACGAUUCAUAUGAAGGAGAUUACCAUUGAAGGAGAGGAACUGGUGAAGAUUGGAAAACUGAAUUUGGUGGACCUUGCUGGCAGUGAAAACAUCGGCCGAUCGGGGGCUGUGGACAAGCGGGCGCGGGAGGCUGGAAACAUCAACCAGUCUCUGCUGACACUGGGCAGGGUGAUCACUGCACUGGUGGAGAAGAGGCCCCACGUGCCCUACAGGGAGUCCAAACUCACCCGUAUCCUCCAGGACUCACUGGGAGGCCGCACCAAGACCUCCAUCAUCGCCACCGUUUCCCCAGCCUCUAUUAACCUGGAGGAAACUCUGAGCACACUGGAAUAUGCCAACAGGGCCAAGAACAUAAUGAACAAGCCUGAGGUGAACCAGAAGUUGACAAAGAGAACUCUUAUCAAGGAAUACACAGAGGAAAUUGAGCGUCUAAAACGGGAUUUGGCUGCCACUCGUGACAAGAAUGGAGUGUAUCUGUCGUCUGAGAACUAUGAGAGCAUGGCAGGUGCGAUAUCUUCCCAAGAGGAGCAUAUAACAGAAUACACCGAGAAGAUUGCAGCAGUAGAGGAGGAACUGAAGAGGGUCACAGAGCUGUUUGAGGAUAGCAAGGAGAAGCUGGACCAGUGCACCAAUGAUCUGGAGGAGAAGAACCAUAAGCUGGAGGAGACUCACAAGGACCUGCAGGAGACUAAGCAGAAGCUCACUGAGGAGGAGUUUAUAGUGUCUGAGCUGGCCUCCACCGAGGAGAAACUGUACACCACUGCAGACAAGUUGCUGACAACUGUUGAUGUGAGCACCAAAGACGUAUCUGGCCUGCAUGCCAAGCUGGAGAGGAAGAAGAAAGUUGAGGAGCACAACUCUGAGAUCCAGAUUAGUUUUGCUGACCACAUGGAUGCUAUGUUCAGCCAGAUGCAGAACUCUGUGGAAGACCAGCGCACCAAGCACCAGAGCAUGCUGGACUCAUACAAAACCUCAGUUGAGGGUCUUCUUACAGUCAACGACAAAGCUUUCAAAGGUGCCAUGGCAACUGUAGCCACGUCCUUCUGCGGCAUCGACCACCUGUUUGCUGACGGCAUGACCAAGUGCCAGGCUAAGAUGAUGGAGCAGGAGACUCUGUGUGUGGAGGCCAAAAACACUCUGCACCAGGUUUUGGAGGAGCAUAAACUGGAGCUUGAGGAGGUCCUGGUGGCCCAGAUGUUGCCUGGUCUCAGUGCCAUCAUGGCCAUGAAUGACAGCCUGAAUAAGACACUGGGGAGCCACCAUGCCCUGGCAGCUAAGAUGGAGUCCAUGAAGGUGGAGAUGACAUCGUUCUUCAGUGGCCAUGCUCAGGACCUGGCUGCCCUGAGGGAGACUGCCACAGAAGGUCUCGGCUCCCUAAAGACUGAGCAUGACAACCUGAAGGAACAGAUCAGCAGAGCAGACAAGGAGCACCAGACGGGCAUGACUCAAGUGAUCCAGUGUCUGCAGAACCAGCUCAACCUCCUAGCCAUGGAGACCCAGAAUAACUACGCCGGCCUGAUGAGUGCCUCCGACGCCCUGCAGGUCCCUGUCCAGUCCCUUCAGCAGACGCUGCAAACGAGAUGCAGUGCAGCUGAGAACCAAACCGCAACCCAAAAGGAGUGUCUAGAGUCUACCACCGCCAGCCUGAUCUCUGAGGUCCAGCAGACUGCCCAGGAGGCCCAGCGCACAGUGGAGGAGUGCUCUGCCAACUGCAGCCACCUGCACAGCUCUCUUACCCAGCUGGGUGAGAGGAGUCUGCAAUGGUGUGCCUCCACCAAGGACAGCACUGACUCCCAGGCCCAGGCUCAGCUCACCGUGAUGAGAGAGAACACAGCCUCUGCUCAGACCCUGCUACAGAGAGUGGAGCAGAGCUGUGAGGAGAGGGUCCAGGAGGUGAGUGGGCAGCUGAAGCAGCAGCAGGGGAUGGUGGAGGAGGGUCUGGGGGCCUUGAAGGAGCAGACAUCACUGGAUCAGAACACUCUGGAACACCACCACAUAGAACUCACGGCCCACAUGGAGGAUGGCCUGGGCCUUGUCCACAGCUUCCUGAGCGAGGAGCUCAAACAGGAUGUCCCAACUGGUGCAACUCCUCAGAGGAGAGAGUUUGUGUACCCACGUCUCUUGGCCAAGUCGAAGAGCAGAUCAGAACUGCUGGACAGCCUCCGCCACCAGCAGGAGGAGCUGCAGGCAGCCCUGUUCCAGUGUGACACAGUAGAGGAGGAGAAGCAGGUCGAUCAGGACUCUCUGGAGGACGAGUUGAGCAGCUACAACGACAGCUAUGUCACUGAGCCAUCUUACAUCGGCGAAAACCUAAUGUGCUAUGAGAAUGGAAGAGUGCCGUUCUUCAAGCAAAAGAAGGCCGGCAAGAAGGAAAACAAACUCCUCAAUCGUUCCAAGAUGGCAGAAAAUGAAACUCACGAUACGCCACCCAGGUCCAAAUUACCACUCAGGUGUCAGAACUAGUAGAAUGUGACUUUCCUUUUACAUUUCUUAACUAUUUAAUAUUUUUCCUGUCUUUUGAGUUUACUAUUCUCUUAAUCUGUUCUAUGUUGGUAAUGUAUUUUUAAUUUUUUGCAUUAUGCUGUUUAAAAAGGAUUGACUGACAUGAAUGAGCUAGAAAACAUUUUUAAUUGUAAUGUUCUUUUGUAUGUGUAAAACUAAUAUUAAACAUAUUUUUAAAGAU